GUAAAUAGUGCUGCCCAAUGCUAGGGCUCAGGGUUCAAUAUAUUUAUUUAGCUAUCUAAAAACAUUCUAAAUCUUCUUCUUUCUUUCACCAGAUGUUCGUUCGAUUGUUUCGUUGAGCCCCAAUCUUUUCGCCGACGGCUCAAAAUCCAUCUCAAUUAUCUAUUUGUACGCAGAAUUUCAAUUCAAUCAAUCGAUUGCAUGUUUGUCUGAAAAAGUUUUUGUAUCGCCAUUGAUGUAAUGUAUUCGUCUCGAGGAAGCAAUGGCUAUGGCCAACAACAACAACAACAACAACCCUAUUCUUCCGAAUCUUCCUACACCCCUCAAAAUGUGGGAGCUGCAAACCUAAUUGGGGGAGGUCUUCAAGAAACAGAUUUGAGUGGUUACAGAGCUCAUGGGCAUGUUCAUGGGCGCCCAUCGGCAGCAGCUGCGGCAGCGGCUGUGCCGACUCCACAACAUUACGCAGGGCAGUAUAGUUCGCUAUAUGGUUCUGCCACACAGCAGAUCUCUCCAAUUGGUGCAAAGGGGUCUGUAACAAAUGCUUUUGAAGGCCGGAGUAAUUAUGGAUCAUCCAUGCCAGAGUCACCUAAGUUUGCACCUAAUGAGUAUGUUUCAUCAUCAAGCCGUGGCUAUGGUCAGAAAGUUGAUCAGUUAUAUUCUGAUAAGACAUCUGAGUAUCCAUCAGUUGACAGACGCCAAUACGGUGACCGCCACAGUGCAUAUCUUGGGAGAGAUUUACCGGGUGAUACAGCUAAUAGAUAUGCGGAGUCAGUUGCUUUUGGGCGUGAACAUCAGUCUAUUUAUGACCGUUUGGAGCAAACAACAGCUUCUCGACAAGAAGAAAUGCUAAAGGCUCGUGCACUGCAUGCUGCUUCUGUCGAAGGAGGAGCUAGACAAGCUGAUUAUCUUGCAGCAAGGGCCACAGUACGUCAUCCUGCCCAAGAUCCUAUCACCUAUGGUGGGAGAAUCGACCCCGAAUCACUUAACUUAUCAAUGUUAAGUGGCUCUUCGUAUAUCGGGAAACAUACUGCAUCAAUCUUAGGAGCAGCUCCACAGAUUAGUGUUGACGAUCUCAUUUAUGCUCCCUCAAAUCCUGGCUAUGGAGUGAGUUUGCCUCCUGGUAGGGAUUAUGGAACUGGGAAGGGGCUUUAUGGAACUUCACGAGAAUCAGAUUAUCCAACUAGCAUGUUAGGACCUGCAAGUCAUCUGAGGCUCGAUGGCCGGAAAGAUGACAGAGCAACAUAUGGCAGGGAACUGGAACUGGAACGUAGAGAGAAUGAUAGGGAUUACUUGCGUGAGCGAGAGAAAGAUAGAGAAAGGGAGAAGGACCGGCUACGAGAACGAGAGCGUGAACGAGAGCGUGAUCGCGAACGAGAGCGUGAACGAGAAAGAGAACGGAAAAGAGAACGUGAAAGAGAACGCGAAAAGGAACGUGAAAGGGAGCGGGAGCGGGAGCGAAAGGAGAAAGACAGAGAACGAGAGCACAAACGCAGACUUGAACUGAAGCAUGAGCAAACUCCUCCUCGAGUCUCUAGGGACCGCCAAGGUUCCACUUUGCCGAAGGAUGUCAAAUCUCUACGACGAGAGUCCCCCCGACGUGAAGUGCUGCAUAGGCUUCAUUCCCCUGUUAAAGAAAAGAGGAGAGAGUAUGCGUGCAAGGUCUUCUCAUUCAGUUUCGUAGAAGCGGAAAGGGAUUAUCUGUCACUGGACAAAAGAUAUCCCCGGCUCUACGUUUCUCCUGAAUGCUCAAAGGUAGUUGUAUAUUGGCCAAAGAAGAAUUUGCAGCUCUCUUUGUACACUCCUGUGAGUUUUGAGCACGACUUUGUUGAAAAUGCUGUCACGGAUAGGAAGGAAUCACCUAGUAAACUGCCCAUUACUGACAUUUCGAUAGCUGGAGGACAAACUACCAUCUGGAAUGCCAAGAUUAUUUUGAUGAGCGGACUUGGCCAAAAAGAUCAGGCGGAGUUGUCAUCUGAAAGAACCUACAAUGACCGAAUUCCACAUUUUUGCAACAUGCUUAGAUUUGCUGUUCUUAGAAAGAAUAACUCUCUAAUGGCAAUCGGUGGACCGUGGGACACAGUCGAUGGUGGGGAUCCUUCGGUUGACGACUCUUCAUUAAUCCGAACAGCUCUGAGGCAUGCAAAAGAUGUAACUGAUCUUGAUCUGACGAACUGUCGUCACUGGAACCGUUUUCUCGAGAUACAUUAUGAGAGAGUUGGAAAAGAUGGCCUCUUCAGUCACAAAGAAGUGACUGUACUGUAUGUUCCAGAUCUCGCAGAUUGUCUUCCUUCACUGGAUUCAUGGAGAGACCAGUGGCUUAAUCACAAAAAGGCUGUUUCUGAGAGGGAGCGUCUGCAAAGCCUGAAGAAAGAAAUAACUGGAGGCAAGAAGGAAAGCCCAAAAGAUAAGAAGAAACCUGAACAUCUGAAAGAUAGCAUGACAAAAAAAGACCUUGAGAAAAAGAGAGAUCCUUUAUCUUCAGGCCAGCCUGAAGAUGAUAGUAAAAAGGAGAAAGAUACCAACAAAAUCGAAGGCAAUAUUGUUUCUGAAGAGGGGAACAAGAAAGAUAAAGCAGUUGAAAUAAAAAAAGUGGCUGACGAUAAAAAUGUUGUAAAGAAGGUCCAAGAAGGGGAUCCUAACUCUCAGAUAGCUGUUGGUGCCAAAACUGUAAAGAAGAAAAUUGUUAAGAGGAUCGUCAAGAAAAAAGUUGUUAAGAAAAGCGAUAAUACAGAAAUUGCUACUGGACCGAGUGAUGAAGUGGUCAAAGAUGGUGCUGGAGGAAAUAAUGUCAGUUCAGAAGUCGAUGGGCAACAGGAGGGCUUAUCAGUUACUACUCCGGCAAUUAAAACUUUUGUGCGGAAAAGAAUUGUAAAAAAGCCAGUAGGUCCUGCUGUGGAGAAAGAUGAAUCCUCAAGUCUUGAACCUGAGAUGGCUGUGGAUAAUGCAAAGGCUAAAUCUGAAGAUUCCAAUGUGGUGGCCCAAGACGGUAUCACCAAAACCACAGUAAAGAAAAAGAUUAUCAAAAGGGUUCCAAAAAGAAAGGCCAUCUCAACAGAGAAGGUGGCAGAAGAUGCUCUGGAAGGCGGUGAAGACAAUAAGGGGAAACAGAAAGAAGCAGUUGUUGAAAAACAGAUGAAUGAGGUUAUCUCCAAAAGUACAAGCAGUCCGGAAAAGAAGCCAGAUAAAAAGGAGGAGAAAAAGACAGAGAGGAAGGAUUUGUCUGGUUCUGCUAUGGAGACUGAUAAUGUGAACCAAAAAGUUCCUCAAAAUGAUAAUCGUGCGAAAUCAAAUGAAAAGGCAGAGCUGAAGGGCGAGAAAGAAAAAAAAGUUGUUGAAAAGAAAAGAAGUGAUGAACCUCCUCAGCAUCCUGGAUUGAUUCUUCGAACAAAAGAGACCAAGGUUUCAAAAAUGAAGUCUUUAUCACAUUCAUUGGACUCACUCCUGGAUUAUAGUGGUAAUGAUAUCGAAGAAUCAAACUUUGAGUUGUCAUUAUUUGCGGAAUCCUUUUACGAGAUGCUUCAGUAUGAGAUGGGCUGUCGUCUUUUGGCUUUCCUUCAGAAGUUGCGCAUUAAAUUUGUAGCAAAGAGAAACAAAGGGAAGAGACAAAGAGAAGAAACUUUGCAGAAAGAAAAUGAGGAGAGCUCGUCAAUAAAGCGUGUUAAGACAGACACAGACACAAGUCCUAAAGAUAUCAAAUCAACUAAAACUGAAGAUACAGGUGUUGCUAAUGGAGAUGAUAUCAAAAUUGAGACGAAAGAGCCUAAUGCAGUUGAUGCUGUUGGAGAUGACAGCAUAAUUAUGAAGAAAGAACCUAAUACAGGUGAUGCUGAUGGAGAUGACAGCAAAAUUAACAAAGAGCCUAAUGCUACUGAACACGUUGAAACGACUAAAAUAGAGAAUGAUGUUGAUGAGGAAGAUCCAGAAGAGGAACCAGAGGAAGAUGAAGAAAUGCCUCAGGCAACAAGCCCUCAUCACAACCCAACUAAGGAGGAAUGUGUUGACGCAGAAAAGAAAGCUGGUGAUGCUGUUUGUGUUGAUAUUGCUAAGACUGAGCCGAAAGAAGAGCAAGAAACUGUGAAACAAACUCCAGAGACAGUUAGCAGUCCUGAACCGAGCAACAAAGAAAAGUUACCUAAGGCGGAACCAAAGAAAAAAGGAACUCAGACUGGUGUUGACAAGGAACUACUGCAGGCUUUCAGGUUUUUUGACCGCAACCGUGUCGGACACAUUAGGGUUGAAGACUUACGAUUGAUCAUCCAUAACUUGGGGAAGUUCCUUACUCACAGGGAUGUUAAGGAACUCGUGCAAAGUGCGCUGUUGGAGAGCAAUACUGGCAGGGACGACAGAGUUCUGUAUGAUAAACUGGUGAAGAUGUCUGACAUAUAAAUUAAAUCGCUCGGUGAAUAGUGUUUUAAAGACUUCGUAGGAAUUCUCGGUCAAAUAAUAUUGAUUUUGUUACGUUGAAUAUGUUUAAGCUUAUGGUUUGAUGCCCCUUCACUUUUUCUUUUACUAGAUUAUAUAUUUACUCAAAUUAUUUUGGCUGAGUUUGUUUUUGCUCGGUGAUUUACUCGGGCUCGAACUCUCAAUAAAUUAUAAUUCACUCAAAGGAUCA